AUGUCUGCAGAGUCUGUUCCCAAACCUCGAUUCGUAUUAUGUCCUAAAUGCUGGCAGCUGCUUCAAGAGGCUCCGGAUUUGGAUGUGUACAAGUGCGGUGGAUGCGGCGCGACUCUUCAAGCUAAGAAAAUAAAAAGUAAAGCUGCAAACGCAGAAUCCAGCUCAAAUGAGAUUGACGCAGCUCCUCGAAAUGUAUCGGAUCUUAGUCCCCAAGAGAAUGUUUUAAGGGAAAAAGAAACAAGUUCCUCUGCAGAUUGUUCUUCUGAGCGAAGUGAAGGAAGGGAGCAAAUAAAAAAUAGUGAGUGCAAUGGAGAGCAGCCGGUUACUACUCGAGUGAAUGGUUUAAGGGAAACGACUUAUUUUUCUUCCUCGGGAGAAUGUUCUUUGGAGGGAAAUACUAAAAGGGAUCAAAUUGAAAAUGGUGAAUACAGUGAAGAUCAACCAGUUAUCUCUCAGGAGAAUGGUUUGAGGGAAAAAGAAGCUAGCUCUUCCUCAGGAGAAUGUUCAUUGGAUGGAAAUAAUGAAAAGGGUGAAAUUGAAAACGGUGAAUGUGAUGAAGAGCGGAUUGGACCGUUGAACUUACCAGAUGAAGAACCGGAAAAUGCGAUGGAUAUCAAUGAGUUAUCAGAUAUCAGAACACAUACAGCGUCCAACAAAGGUUGUUCAAAUGAGCUUCCACAAUGUGAUAUUGAGGCCUCAGCCGAAUCAUUGGCAGACAAUUCAGUAGAAAAGGAAAACGAGACUAACUUGAAACUAGAAGAAGAAGAGCAAAGUAAUGAAAACAUGCCAUCAGAAGGAGCAGGAAAUCGGUUCAUUAGUGCGUUGGAUAGAGAAUAUGCCAAUGAUGAGAUAUCGGAUCUAGUAGGCGUGAAGUCUGAAGCAGACAUCGUUGAAAGUGAUUUAGAAGUGGCAGGAGAGUUCAAUAAUGGAAACUUGUCACAGGAAGGAGCAGACCAGAAGUUAAUUUUUGGAUCAGAUGAACAAUGUGUCAAUAAUGAGAAAUUGUCUCUAGUAGGUGAAAGCCGAGCAACAGAUGUUGAUGGGAUCGAUAGUGGAAACUUGUUAUUACAAAGAACAGAAGUGGACCCUGGUGGAAAUGCAUCUCCUGCCGAAAGGUUGAGUGCUGAAUACAUUGAGUCGGAAAAAAUAAGCGUUUUAUGUGUUUCUCCUCGUGAACUUAAAGGAGAUACAUCUGAAAAUCAUGCAUCUUCUCCUGAAAAUAUCCGCCAUAGCUUUGACCGUGUAAUGUCUGCAGAUACAUUUGACGACACAGAAGUCAAUAAUAUCGGUUUGAAGAUUAGUGGUUCACUGGGAGAUUUGACUAAAUCUCCAACCACUAGAAGUUCUCAUGCUUAUGAUGGAAGUGUCUCUUCUAAUGAUGGGUUGGACGAGCGGUCCCUCGGUCAAAAUUUAUAUUCUUAUGAGGGUGGCUCGAGAAAGGGAAAAAGUGUGGUUAAUAACAUGCUAUAUGAAGAUGUUCAAACGCAAUAUCAAAAUGAGGUGAUGGAGACGACAAGACAUGAUCAUGCACAUCGGAUGAGAACAAAAAAAGACGAGUUUCCGUUCAAAAUGCCUCUUCAUGGAAAUUUUUCCCAAUCUGGCUAUGAAAGCGGUAGUCCAUCGAAUCAAAUAUACGACGAACUCUAUGUCAGUUCAAGCUAUGUUUCACCUGACUCUGUCGAGGACCCUGAUCAGGAGAAGAUGAAACUGUUGAGAAUGGUUUAUAAAUUGCAGGAUCAGCUCAACAGAACCAGACACGUAAACAUGGAAACAAAUGAAAAACCGUCCGUGUUAAAUCAUAGUUCUUCAUAUCAGAGUCAAGAUUUUCAUGACGGAAGAUUUUAUCAUGGUUUGGAUUACCCUAAUGAGGAUGCAAAUGCAAGCUACAGUCAUGGCAUCUACAUGCACCAAAGGCGGCAUAACUUUUCAGGGAUAGCACCAGGCAACGCACGCCAUGUUGAUCAUCCUAGUUUCAACUACUAUCCACAAGAACAGCAAUGCAUGGGAAAUUUUCCUCCGCAAUUUCCUUACCAGCGUGAAGAUCUUUAUAGGCCCCAUUCGGCUCAUAGCCAUGUCUUAUCUCAGCAUUCUUAUCCUUCAAGUCCGCAAUGGUUAAUGACCAAACACGUACACGGUCGUGAAACAAAAUCUUGUGAUCAGAAAUACAGGUCCCCCGAGAUGAACUAUACAAGGGAAAAUUCAAACGUUAAUAAGCGACAUUACCGGCCAGUAGCAGGUGGAGCGCCGUUUCUCACUUGUCUUAAAUGCUUAAAUCUUCUGCAACUUCCUGCAGAUUUUCUUCUCUUCAAAAGAGUAUGUCAUAAACUCAAAUGUGGUGCAUGUCAAGAGGUGCUUAAAUUUUCUCUACAGAAUAGAAUUCAUAUAGUUUCCUAUGCUCCGACAUCAAGUGAACUUGAUGUACAGAACAUGGUGAUAAAUGGCAUCAGUUCUCAUGCUGUGGACCCUGUGUCAUAUUCCGAUGAUUACGGCCAUUCUGCUAGUAAAAGCUACUCCUCAGAAGGAGAUCCUGUUUCUGUUGCACCGUUUCAUCACUCGCGCGAUGGUGCACAUGGUAAUCCAAGAGUCUCUCCGACUACCGUUGAAGCUAUAACAGCGAAGGAGAAAAUCGCUUCAAGAGGACCUGGCACAAGUAAGACUCCAUCCGAUAAAUCAUCAGAAAUAGAGGAACACCAGUCACAGCCGAAACCUUCAGCACUUCACCAACUCAUGGGUUAUUCCUCUCCAAGUCUAGUGAUAAGAGGUGCUUCAUCCACUCUUGAAGGAAAAAAGGCCAUGCUCAGUGGAGAAUAUUAA